AUGUCGUUUACACCGAGGCCAUUCAGGUUGACCUCCACACCCUCCACACCCACCAAAACCCCCACAAACUCCACACCCUCCACAAACUCCACACCCUCCACAACCUCCACAGCCACCCAAGACAUCCAUCCCAAAGACAUCAGUCCCAAAGAAAUCCACCCCAAAGAGACUCGUCCCAAAGAAAUACACCCCAAAGAGACUCGUCCCAAAGAAAUCCGUCCCAAAGAGACUCGUCCGAGAGACAUCCGUCCCAAUCGCCUCGAUGCACCUUCGACCCACAACUUUUUGCAAUCACUCCCAAUAAAUUAUGACCGACGAUGCGUUACCAGAUUCCUUAUGGAUGUAGAUAAGUUUCAAGAAGUAAUCGAAACCCAACAGGAUGAAUUGGACACUGACGUCUUCCCUAAAGUGUACGAUGUGCUUCGAAGUGACCCCACACUUAAAGUGAAAAUCAUUGACCUGAUUACUAACCUGAUGGUGACCACUUAUGGUGUCUACGUGGAAACCCUUGCCAUUGCGAAGAUGACAUUAGGUGAACAAGGCACGGAUCGAAGAGACUGUGCAAAUACAUUGCGACGCCACAAAGACGAACUUAUCCAUCGCUACAAACUGAUCUGCAAAACUCGGGCGAUUUCGCUUCAUAACCACCCACAACUUAAGCAAGUGUUACUUGAGUAUGAGCAGGACUCAUACGCUCUAAUCAGAAAGGACUGCGAAGAUUUGCGUCAAAUGGCAGAAAAGGCUUUCAAAAACUCUAAUGUCAGAGUGUUGAACAUUCUGUUCGAAUCAGUUACGUUCUCCAUGAAAUUGGGAGAUAAUGACUUGACAACCUCGAUAAUGCUCUAG